UGUGAUGAGAGUGGUUUCUUUACGAGUCCUGGGUGUAAACUGAUACAUUCUUAUUACCAUGAAUUCUACAAUUUAUAUCACGUAAUUCAACAGGUACAACCAGAGUUAACUAUCAUAACCCGUAUGCCCGGAUACACUUGUUUAGUUUGACUUUUUUUCGGUACAUUUCAGACUCCAGACUCAUCUCCGUUAGCUAAGAAUGCUAAAUAUAGUUAGCUUCGCGUUAGCUCGUUGAAGUGACUGAAAGAAAGAAAGAAACCACUUCAGUGGCAACACAACACGCCGAUCAACGUGUCUGAGUGAACUCUGAGCCGUCAUCUGUGUCUGGAUUAUUUCCCGGGAAGCUAAUGAAGUUAGCUGGAAGUUAAAGAUGUCUAAAGUUGAGAUGCUGAGAGUUUUCGUGAACCAGAGACUAACUGCGGCCGCUGAUGAAAUAUUUGAAGUGUUUGAAAGAACGAUAGCAGAGUACGAGGAGGAGCUGGAGCUCUGCUCAAAGGAGAAGAACAGAAAGCUACUGGUUUACAAGCCCGAAGGCCGCUCACACGGAUCAGAGGCUCCUUCUAAGCAGCAGGAGUUAAGCUCCAGUCUGGACCAGGAGGACCCAGAGACUCAACACAUUAAAGAGGAACAGGAGGAAGUCUGGAGCAGUCAGGAGAGAGAGCAUCUUGGAGGAGGGCUGGAGGAGGCUGAUAUCAAGUUCCUGUUGACUUCUAUCCCUAUGAAGAGUGAAGAAGAGAAAGCUCAGUCCUCACAGCUUCAUGAGAGCCAAACUGAGGAGAACAGAGAGACAACAGAAGCUGAUAUGGAGGACUGUGGAGGAUCACAACCAGCCAGGAAUUCAGAUCCAGACAGUUCUUUACAGCCAGCUAUUCAUUACAACACUGCACACUUCUCUGAAGCUGAGACUGAUGACAGUGAUGACUGGGAGGGCAUUAAGGAAGCUCAGUCAUGUUUAAACCCUCUGGAAAACAAUUUACCUGUAACUGAUGUGGAAUGUUAUACUGGAAAAACAUCAGUUAGCUCCUCUGAAUGUGCUAGAAGCUUUGGCCAAAAACGUUUCAACUGCUCACUGUGCAAUGCAAGUUUCCGUAACCAUAGCAAGUUCGUUAUACACAUGAGAAUUCACACAGGAGAGAAACCAUUUAGUUGUUCAUGUUGUAGUAAAAGAUUUGCACAAAACUCAACUCUUACGCGACAUAUGGCUGUCCACACAGGGAAGAGACCAUAUAGUUGUUCAGUUUGUAGUAAAACAUUUGCAGAACCCUGUACUUUGAGACGACACUUGCCUGUCCACUCAGGGGAGAAACCAUUUAGUUGCUCUGUUUGUAAUAAAAGAUUUGCAGCCGAUAGAAGUCUAAAACAACACUUGACUCUCCAUACAAGGCAACCAGACAGACAAACUCUUAAAAGACCCUUGACUGUCCACACGGGGGAGAAACCAUUUAGUUGUUCAGUUUGUAGUAAAAGAUUUACACAAAAGGGACAUCUUAAACAACACCUGACUGUCCACACAGGAGAGAAACCAUUCAGUUGCUCAGUUUGUAGUAAAAGUUUUGCCAAACAUAGUAAUCUAAAACGACACUUGACUAGUCACACGGGGAAGAAACCAUUUAGUUGCUCAGUUUGUUAUAAAAGAUUUGCAGACCAAAGUGUUCUAAAACGACACUCAGCUCUUCAUACAGGGGAAACGGAUGGACAAACUCUUAAAAGACCCUCAACUGUCCACACAAAGGAGUAACCAUUUAUUUGUUCAAUAUAAAGUAAGGGGUUCACACAACAGGGAAUUCUGAAACAAGACUUGACUGUCCAGUUAGUUGCUCAAUUUGUAGUAAAAGAUUUGUUCAAAAAGGAACUCUUACGUGUGAUAAAAGAUGCACUUGGCUAUAUCAUGUCAAAAAUCAGCAGUGUGUCAGUGAGCGCAGCAUAAGUAAAUGAGGCUGGACAAAUGAAGUACUUCGGGUUACACUUUGUUAAACACUGAACAGCUAAAAUCUGGCUGAUAUGGACUCCAAAUUCACCUACGAUGAAGCAACGAGAAAAUCGGCAGUCCAUUUAAGUGCAGGUCCCUUUACCCAAUUGUAAUUCUGUUUUAAUUUUCUCUGUGUCUUCUUUCGUCAUCUGGGCACUAUUCUUUUUUGUUCUAAAAUGUUUUCGUUGAUUCAGUUGUUUAAAUUGUCUAAAUGUAUUUUAUGUUCUCUUUACAUCACUAUGGUCAACAUAGCCUUAGCCCCCAAUAAGAAUAUGAAUUGACUUUUCAGGUUUUGAUUUGAUCUCUUCAAAUGGGAGCAACUAGCAGAACUAUAAAAAAAGAAGAAGACAUCAUCUAAAGGAUGUGAUUUGGGCACACUGGUCUUAAUAGGACACGUGUGAUAAUGGGUAAACAUGAAACUGGCAUCCUGUGGUCGAAAAAGUAUUAAGAUCUUUACUUCAGUAAAAGUACUAAUACCAUAUUGUGAAAUGAUUCUACUGCGUUUAAAGCAGAAUGCUGAAAUGGGAACUGUGCAUAUAAUUUGUAACCACAGCGAGUAAAAAUGUACAACUAUU